UUCAAAGCCAGCGAGGAACUACAAUUGUGGUGGGGUGGGCGGAAAAACAUCAUUGUACGGCACACAUCUUAAAAAAACACUGAGCCGACUUAUAAAUGCAAAGGCAUCCUUCAAAGAGCACACUUCUGAGAUGGCAACUUCACUUCUAGGGGAAGAACCAAGGUUAGGAUCAACUCCUCUGGCCAUGUUAGCUGCAACCUGUAAUAAAAUCGGGAGCCCAAGCCCCUCUGCAUCAUCUAUUUCGGAUAGUGCCUCGUCUUUCGCAAAAGGAUUUCACCCGUGGAAAAGAGCCGCCCCAAGCAGCUGCAGCCUCGGCUCGAGCCUCCCCUCGUUCGGAGUGUCGGGAGCAGCACGGGGUGGUGCUGGGUUGGCGGACUCCUUCUGCGUGAACGGAUCUCCGGGGUCCAGCGCUUUCUCGCUAACGACCAACUCAUCCACCACCCCGUUUGGAAACGACUACUCUGUUUUCCAAUCUUCUGUUACAAAUGGUUCUCAAGAACCCAGUCCACAGUCGGUCUUUAUCUCCAAGGUACAUACUUCGGUUGACAGCUUGCAAGGUAUCUAUCCGAGGAUGACCGUUGCGCAUCCGUACGACUCGUGGUUUAAGUCCGCUCACCCGGGCAUCUCCGCCGGGGACGUGGGGACCGGUGGGACAUCGGCCUGGGCGUGGGACAUGGGGCCAAGCUGGAUUGAUGUUCAGGGCACAAACGGCGCCUCGCUUCAGACCUCGCUUCACUCUCCCCUGGGAGGGUACAACUCCGACUACACCACGCUCAGCCACUCCGCUUUUAGUGCCAGUCCGUCGCCUCAUAUUCUCGGCGGUGGACAGCACAUGAUGGACGGAUUCAAACCGGUGCUGCCGGCUGCCUACCCGGACACGAGUCCCACGUCAAUAACAGGUGCAAACGGCUCUGUUAUGUCCGGUUCUCCUGCGGUCUCUCUCGCGGGGUCUCCCCGGUCCUCGGCCCGGCGCUACUCAGGGAGAGCCACUUGCGACUGUCCAAACUGCCAAGAGGCGGAAAGGCUCGGUCCGGCGGGUGCCAGCUUGCGCAGGAAAGGGCUGCACAGCUGCCACAUUCCGGGCUGUGGGAAAGUGUACGGGAAGACGUCUCACCUCAAGGCGCACUUGCGGUGGCACACCGGGGAGCGACCGUUCGUGUGCAACUGGCUAUUCUGUGGGAAAAGAUUCACCAGGUCCGACGAGCUGCAGCGACACCUCCGCACACACACCGGUGAGAAAAGGUUCGCCUGCCCGGUGUGCAACAAGAGAUUCAUGCGCAGUGACCAUCUCAGCAAACACGUGAAAACCCACACUGCGGGAGGUGCGGGAGAACCAGGAUCCGGGAACGGGUGUAAAAAGGGCAGCGACACCGACAGUGAGCAGAGUGUUCCCGGUAGCCCAUCGUGCCAUACUCCUGACCUAAUGCAUCCAAAUGAUUCCGUCCAAACGGCGGGAUUGAACGGCCACAAUGCAAUCAACUAGAGGUCCAUACAGACUCCAUAUAUAUAUACACUGAAAUGUUGCACAUGCACUGACAAAAACAAACUACUGGAAAAGUCGAACUUAACAGAAGACAUAGAUUUUUGAGGACACGCUCUCUCAAUUUUGAGAAACCAUUUUGCUAAAAAAAAAAAAAAGAGUAUAUGGUCUCUUCAAGCUUUCAUCAAAAUUAUUUACCACAUCUAUUGCGAGCAU